AAUAGGGCACGACCAGAAAGUUCAAUUGCCGAGGCAUAUAUUGCUGAUGAAUGCCUGACAUUUUGCUCUAAAUACAUGGAAGGUGUUGAAACAAGAUUUAAUCGGGAACCAAGAAAUAUAGGUUUUUGUAAUGAGGAGAACUAUGGUGUGGAUGUUUUUGGCCAUGGAGUUCAUUUUACUUCUGCACCUGAACUUGUAUACGAUGAGAAUGGCUUUGAUCGAAUGGUGUGGUAUGUGCUUCAAAACUGUAGUCAAGUUGAGCAAUAUGUGGAAAUGUUCAGAGAUGAACUAAAUAGAGAAGGAGUGCCUAACAUUGAAAGAAUUAUUGGACAAGGAUUUCAGAAUUGGUUCAGGAACCAUAUCUUUAGGUUGCGGAAUACUGAUCAAGAGAUAGAUGAAGAUCUCUUUUCCUUGGCUUGUGGUCCUGAUUUUAUAGUCAAGAAAUACUCUUCAUGCGUUGUGAAUGGUGUGCGGUUUAACACUGUUGAUCGUGACAAGAACAAGAAAACACAGAAUAGUGGAGUUAUGGUACAAGGUGAACAUAAUGGUCAGGUCAUUGAUUUCUUUGGAAUCUUGAAAGAGAUAAUUCAGUUACUCUAUAUUGGCGAUGAGAGAUACUAAGGAGGGGGCGAAUUGGCACGUUGUCCAGACAUUUGACCAUAGGCAUCUUUAUAAUGUAAAAGAAACUGAGGGCGGCAGCUUUAGUUCUCCUGCAUAUCAAGAGAAUGAGUGCUUUGAAGAGGAUGGUACACGACAUCCAAUUUCAGACAAA